ACAAAAUCAAUAAUUUAUUAUUUAUAUAUAUAACCAAUAAUUUUAUAUAUUUAUAACUAAUUGAUUUUAUUUAUUUAUAUCUUAUUCAUUAUAAAUAAGUAAGAUUAAUAAAUAUUUUGAUUUUUAUUGUUAUUAUCUAUUUUUAUAUAAAAAAAAAAAAAAAAUUAUUAUAAUAAUAAAAAAUAAAAUAAAAUAAAAAAUUAGAUUAUUAUAAUAAUAAUAUAUAUAUAUAUAUAAAUAUAAAUAUAGUAAUAGUAGUAAUAGAAAAAUGAGUGGAGGGGAUGAUUUUGGAAACAAUUCAUUUUCAAAUAGUAUCGGAGGUGGAUUAAAUUCAAAAUUUUCAAGAUAUGCAAAGAAUGGCAGUCAGCAAUUGGUUUUAAUGUUGUUUGGAGCCAAAGGUAUCAGAUCAUGGGUCACAAUAAUGUUGUUUUAUUUAUUACAGUCAUUAUCAGUAAUCAAUGUGUCAUUCUAUAUGUUACUAUUCUCGACUAUUCAAUCUUUAAUUACCGAAAAGCCUUGGAAUUUAUUAUCACAAUUAAGACCAUCCCAAAUUAAAAAGAUUAUUUAUUAUUCAUUAUUUAAUCUUUUUAUUGUAUUAACAUGGAAUUGUUCAGUAAAAUAUAUUGGUCCAUUAGGCACUAUUUUAGCAUCAGAUUAUUCAUACUCAACUUAUCCAAUUAUAUUUGGUACAUUACUUCAAGGCAACUUCCUUUCAACUGAUAUGUCUAGAGCAUCAAUUAUGUUAAUUUUCGGAUAUUUAUUAAUUCCAUUUUUUGGCGGAUCUAAAUUGCAAAUUCAUGGAUAUAGCGCAUCACAAGUUUUUAUGAUUGGAAUUUUUAGUUUAUUAAUUCACAAUAUUUUAGUUAUGGUAAAGAAGACAGCAGUUAAAGGAUGGAGUAAUUCACAUAGAAAUAAAUUAUCAAGUUUAGGAUCAUUAGUUGCAACUAUUGUACUCUUUGUAUUAAAAAUGUUUGAAUCAUGGUCACCAUCAAACCAUCCAGUUUAUAUUGAUUAUAAUCAAGUUUCCUAUUAUCAACUCUUACAACUUGUAAUUGUUUCAGUUAUAUUACUUUCAUUCAACCAACUUACCGAAGAUGUUUCAGAACAACAAUUAGGUUUCUUAGUAUUAAGUAAAGCUAGUUUAACCUCAACUCUUUUAUUUGGUUUCAUCAUUGCUAUUUUUAUUGGAUUUUAUGAUUUCUUUAGUCCAAUUUUAAUUUUAAGUUUUGUUUUAAUUAUUACAGCUAUUCAUAUUUUAUAUUCAAAAUCAAAUAAUGUAGAUCAACAAUCUCAAGUUACGUUUAAGACACCAAUUGAUGGAUCAAGUUCAAUCAAAACAUUUAAUAGUAGCCAUGAAAAUAAAGCAGGAUAUUAUUUAGAGAUUGCCAAAGAUGUUAUUAGACAAAUUAUAGAAAAACCAGUUUCAAGACGUAUUUUUACAUUUUUAAUUAUAAAUUUAAUGUUUAUGUUUGUGGAAAUGGCUUAUGGUAUUUGGACCAAUAGUUUAGGAUUAAUUACUGAUGCUUGCCAUAUGCUUUUCGAUGCCACCGCUUUAUUCAUUGCUUUGGUUGCUGAGGUAAUCUCUCAAUGGAAACAAAAUGACACCUAUUCCUAUGGUUAUGGAAGAGUUCAAGUUUUAUCUGGUUUUGUUAAUGGUAUCUUUUUAAUUUUUAUUGCUGUUACAAUUUUAAUGGAAUCAAUUGAAAGAUUAUUAGAACCACCAGAAAUCAAUACAGAUAAAUUAUUAUUGGUAUCAGUAUUAGGUUUUCUUGUUAAUUUAGUUGGUAUAUUUUCAUUCCAUGGUGAUCAUGGUCAUAGCCAUGGUGGCGGUGGUGGUCAUACUCAUGGUCAUAGCCAUGGUGGUGAAAAGAAGAAAUCACAUGACGAUCAUGGCCAUAGUCAUGGUGGUAGCAGCCAUGCAGAGGAACCAAAGAAAAAGAGAAGUGUAAAUAUAGAUGGUGUAUUUUUACAUCUCUUGGCUGAUACACUAGGAAGUGUUGGUGUUAUUGUAUCAUCUUUAAUUAUUCAAAUUUGGGGUUACACCUUAGCCGAUCCCAUUUGCUCAUUAUGUAUUAGUAUCUUAAUUUUCCUCUCUGUAUUACCAUUAAUCAAAGGAACCGCUAAAACUCUUUUACAAUGUACACCAGAUUCAAUUAAUUCCGAUAUCCAUCAAAUUACUCAAAAGAUUUUAGGUACUCCAGGUGUUACAGGUUUAUUAAAUUAUCAUUUUUGGAGUCAUUAUGAUGAAAUGAAUAUAGCAACUCUUAAAAUUCAAGUCGAUUCAAACGCUGACAACGAGAAGAUUAAAAAAUCAAUUUCAAAAUUCUUAAAACAUGAUUACUCAGUUCACAAAACUUUGAUUGAAUUUGUAAAUUUUUCAAAUCUUUUAAAUAAUAGUAGUAAUAAUAAUAAUAAUAAUGAAUAUAAUUAUAAUAAUAAUGAAUCAAUUGAUAAUCAUUCUUUACCACACGAACCUCAAUUCCACCAUAAUCAUCAUGGUCACAGCCAUAAUCAUUAAAAAAAUAAUAAUAAAAUUAAAUCCUUUUUUUUUUAU